AUGCUGCGCGCACUUCUGAGGCGACCAACAGCCCCUGCGCUGCCCUCGGUAUCCGCCCUCACGUCGUCGCUCUUCGAUGCGCAACUCCCAGGUCUGAUGCAGGUCAGGACGGCCACGAAGAGAGGUGGUGGUUCCUCGAAGAACGGGCGUGACUCUUCUGGCAAGCGGUUGGGUGUGAAGCGGUUCGGAGGCCAAGCCGUCAUCCCCGGCAACAUCCUCGUCCGGCAGCGAGGGACCCAGUUCUGGCCCGGCCAGCACGUCGGCUGCGGCAAGGACCACACCCUCUUCGCCCUCGUACCCGGCUACGUCACUUUCUACCGAGACGUCGUCCGCGGCAAGGAGCGUCGCCUGGUCGGCGUCGUGCAGAACAAGGACGAGAAGUUGCCCCGGGACGUGGCGGCAGAGGGCAGGAGCCGGUAUUUCGGCGGCUUCAACGUCAACCCCAAGGCGAUGGAGGACCUCGACAUGUUUGGCGACUUGGCGAAGCAGCUCGGCGAGGGCGAGCUUGUGAGCGAGGAGGAGUUGCGGAAGAUGUUUGGUGGAGCAGCGGCGGUGGCACCCUCGGCGCAGGCUGGAGCAGAGCUGAGGGCGUAG